GUUUUGCUAAAAAGUUCCUUAUCAUUUGUUCAAUUCUAUUCAUCUUCCAUUCAGUUCAUUUUCCAGAAUUUUGUCACGACCAACGUUUCGGACAAUGGAAUUCUGGGCGAUCCGUUUGUUGACUGUGGUGAUAAUUACAUUGAAGUACGAUUCGAAACGCGGAACACUUUCAGUGGGCUUGUAUUUGUAGAAGAUCAUUUGACAGAUCCAUCUUGUCGUUCGGUGCACGCUGAAAAUAUCAGUGACCAAGGGCGGAACGCUUCCAUUAAACUUGGCUUCAAAAGUUGUGAUAUUGAGAGGAGGCGGUCGAACAAUCCGCGCGGAAUGUUUGUUACAACAUCUAUUAUUGUGGCAUUUCAUCCGGAAUUCCUGACGAAGAAUGAUCGCGUCUAUGUAGUGCAGUGCUUCUAUAUGGAAUUAAAAAAGGUUCUUGAGAAAGAAAUACAAGUAAGGAUGAACCCGCCACCACUUCAGACCGAGCAAAUGCAAAUGCCGGUAUGCAGAUAUGAGGUCCUCGAUGGCUCACCUACCGGACCGCCCAUAUUUUACGCCGUUAUUGGACAAAUGGUGUACCAUAAAUGGACGUGCGACAGUGAUAGCGAGAAUCAGUUCUGCAUGCUGGUUCACAGCUGCUUUGUUGAUGAUGGUAAUGGCGAUCGGGUACAACUCAUUGAUCAGCAAGGAUGUGCUAAGGAUAAAUAUUUACUGCAAAAUCUGGAAUAUGUGUCGGAUCUGAUGGCUGGAAAGGAAGCUCAUGUUUACAAAUACGCAGACCGACAAAGCAUGUUUUUCGACUGCCAAAUAGCGCUGACAAUCAAGGAACCCGAGCAGCAAUAUUGCACAAUCCCGAGCUGUCCAGAACCACCGAGACGAAAACGUGCAGAAGCUCCGCUGCCCACGAAUAUCAAUUCCACAGAAAGUACUGAGGAGACUUUGGUGGACGAUAAGUGGACAAUAGUACCUAACAAAAGUAAUAAUAUUCUAGAGGAAUAUGAGCUGGAAAAGAGCUUCAUUAUUCGACGCGAACAAAUUGAAAGGGUUGGCUGGUUCGAUAACAAUUUCGACCUUUAUCAGGAUCAGUUAUGCAUGUCAUCACUUGGUUUUGGCACGAUUGCAGUAAUGAAUUUAGUAAUGAUCUCAACAUCGGCUCUAUUUUUCUAUGGAACGUACAAACAAGAAUACAGCAGAACCACCGGCUAA